AUGACGAAGAAAAUGGGACUGUGCCGAAGCGUACGAAGCUUUCUGCCAGACAAGACCCCGGUCCAUCAGUUCGACUCCGUACGCCCGCUGAAUUCGAGGCUGCCAUCCAAGCGCAAUUCGAAGAAAAAGCUAGGUGCCAUCGGUAAGUCUGCGCAGUCCAUUGAGAAGCGUCAUGCGGGUGUAGCUCAGGUGAGAACUGAGCAUGCAGACGAAAAGACACGCCUCAAGCGCCGCAGGUCCGAGGUUGGCCCCGCAACCCCCAGCGGGAGUGUCUCUCAGAGCGCCCCUGAGCUUAAGAAUGGAGGCCUCCCAUUCAGUAGCAUCCGGUAUACUUCUCCCCUCGAGGACCCGAGAGUGUACCAUAUGAAGGAUAAGGCCUAUACCAUGGAGACAUUCAAUGACCUUGUAGACAUUAUCGCGCGGGCCAGAGAGGACCAACGCCGUAUGAAGACGGCACUGAUUAAGAACGGAUUUUUGCCGGGAUCAGACGAGGAGUCCGAGGAGGAGAAUGUGUUCGUCGAGUAA